CUUUCCUGGGCGUGUGACGGGAGGCGCGGUGCGACACUCGCCUGUCGCUGGAGCUGCCGCUCGUUUCUUCACUGUUUCAUCAGCGUUCGGUCCCCGCCCCGAGCAGCGGCGGGGCCGGUGGCGGCGGCCGGGAGCCGCCCCGGAGCGGUGCCGCGGCGCUCUUAGGCCUGCGCGGCGGGGGCGGUGGCAGCCAUGGAGGUGCAGGUGGCGCCGCUGCGGGCCUGGGACGAUUUCUUCCCCGGCUCGGACCGCUUCGCCCGGCCCGACUUCAAGGACAUCUCGAAAUGGAACAACAGGGUGGUCAACAACCUGCUCUACUACCAGACCAACUACCUGAUGGUGGCCGCUGCCGUUGUCUCCAUUGUGGGAUUUCUGAGUCCCUUGAAUAUGCUUAUUGGCGGUACUGUGGUGGUGCUGGUGUUCAUGGGGUUUGUGUGGGUAUCACACAACAAGGAUAUACUCCGCAGGCUGAAGAAGCAAUACCCAACCACAUUUGUAGUGGUCAUCAUGCUGUCUAGCUACUUCUUGAUCUCCUAUCUGGGAGAUGUCAUGGUGUUCAUGUUUGGGAUCACGCUUCCUCUCCUCUUGAUGUUUGUCCAUGCUUCUCUGAGGCUCCGGAACAUAAAGAACAAGCUGGAGAACAAGAUUGAAGGAAUAGGCUUGAAGAAGACCCCAAUGGGCAUCAUACUGGAUGCUCUAGAACAGCAAGAGGAUAGCAUCAACAAACUGGCUGACUACAUAUCUAAAGCAAAGGAGUAAGCAGCUGCAACACAGCAUUUACCUGUUGCAGGAUUGUAGUUGCUAUUUACUAUUGUUCAAGCUUGCUUUCAGUUUGUGUACAAAACAGGAAAUGCACGUGAUACAGACUAAUAGUUGCAGGAUACAGGUAUUCCAAGGUCUUCAGGGCUCCUCUAAGAACAUAAGAGCAGCAACUUUUUUUCUAUUGUAUAGCAAAAUGUCUGGUGUUUACACAAAUACAUACUAACUUAAAUGUGUUUCCUUGUCUCUUCUUCUGGGGGGUGGAGGAGGAAGAAGAGAUGAAAACCGAUAGAAUGCAGUCUCUCAAACUGUCUUGUAGCAAAUUUGUCUAUUAAAAGUAACACCCCUUUCAUCUCAGUUCUACAAGAUUGCAGUUUGUGCUGGCUGGCACCUUCAGGCUGGCGAUAUUCAAGGUGAGCUGGAACAGAUCAAAAGUAGGUAUUUCCUGCAUCCUGCAAAUUCGUCCCUUGAGUGGUCUGUAUUGAGCCUACAUUGCUAGCCUACCUGGCAAGUGGUAAAACUGUGCAAUACUGGUAAUGAAUAUGGGUUCCUGUACUCACCUCACAUUCCUCCUUUAGCAGCUGGGAAACAGUCUUGAGUAGAUCUAAGCAUAAAGACUAUAUAUGGCACUGUGCCUGUCAGAUCCAGUAAAACACCCCUUUGUUUUCUCUGAAACCUUGAUCUAUAGAAACUGCUCCUCUCUGCAGAAGAGCCAGGCUUCCCUGCCCACCAGCUAAACCAGCAUGGCCAAGCAUGAGAGGUAAAAAGUUUUCAGAUAUGUUGGGUGAGCUAGGUUUCCACCCAACUGAUGUUUUUAAAUACUGCUACUUUAGGGUCUUACCUUGUUCUGCUUUCUAGGCUGUUUUAUAGAUGGAGGUAUAUGUGUGUUCUCGAGCGUGGAUCAUCUUUUUCUUAAUCAGAAUGCAAAGAUAUAAGUAAAACAUGCAUCUCACUGACUCUGUACUUCUAACACUCUUCAAAGGAAAAAGCUGAAUUUCAGGUUUACAAAUAAAAGCAAUAAUGUCAAGAUAAAGUUUUUGAAAACCCAUUCCAAAUUCAUGAAGAUAUUUGCCUGUAACAACUCCUGAAAGUGGUGUGUAGGAUUCUUUUAUAUAUAUUUCAACUUAACUGCCAGCCUGAUGGAAUUAUUUUGGUAAGAGGAGCUUACCAACAAUAGGGGGGAAAAAGUUGUCCAGGUGACACUCCAUUUCAAAUAUUCUUACAUUUCUCUUUUCUAACAAAGCAAUUAGUUUAACAAAAAAGCAAGGAUCCUUAAAGUUGAAGCUUUUGUGUAACUUACCAUGCUGUUUUCAUAGUGGACUGUAGACAUCUGAACAUGUCAUUCCAUUUAAGUGUUAAGGUGAUCAGUAUUUAUUGAAAAUGUCUGUAAAUUCCAGCUGAAGAGUCAAUGGCCUAUUCCGCACUUGUAGCGCAUGGUCUUUGUUUUUUGAAAACUGUUUCUGCACUUAAAGAACAUAGUAGUCUGAGAUGUCAUCAUUACUGUAGAAUUUUAAAAACUGCACAGUUAUGAAGAAAAUAAACUAAUGGUGAUUACUGA